CAAAGCCAUAUGACACCAAAGGCUCCACCUCACACAACACCAAACACACUCUCUCUCCUCUCUCUAUAACAUAUGUGAUAUGUUUAUGUCUUCAUACUCCAAAUGGACAUCUCAUCUGCAAAACAGCCUACUGUUCUUCUCUCCCUCACCUCUCUGUAUCUUUCCCUCUUUCUUUAGACCAAACGUCGUCGUAUCAAGUCAUCCUCAGCCCACCAUUUCCCAUUAACCGUCAUGACCAAACUCAUCGUCGAAGCCCACAAUGCCACCGACCUGGCGCCCAAGGACGGCGAGGGCUCGGCCAGCCCAUUCGUCGAAGUGGACUUCGACGAGCAGCGACAGCGGACCCAGACCAGGCCCAAAGACCUCAACCCACAGUGGAACGAGAAGCUCGUCUUCACCGUCGCCGACCCCAACGACCUCCUCCACAAGACCAUCGACGUCACCGUCUACAACGACCGUCUCGGUAAGAGUCACCGGAAAAACUUCCUCGGCCGGGUCAAGAUCUCCGGCGCCUCCGUCCCCUUCUCCGACUCCGAAGCUGUUGUCCAGAGAUACCCGCUUGAUAAGCGCGAUAUAUUCAGCCAAAUCAAAGGCGACAUCGCUCUCAGGAUCUACGCCGUUCCCGAUUACAACGAAACUCCGAUCGCAAGCAAUGUUGAGGCUGUAAAGAACUCCGACACUCCUCUCCGAGAAAUCAACCCUAACAGAAAAAUCGAAGAGGAAAUCGAUCAAAUUCCGGAGCCGAAUUUCGCCGCCGACAACCACAAGACGUUCAAGAAGAAGAAGAAGGAGAAGGAAGUAAGAACUUUUCACUCGAUCGGAACCGCCGCCGGCGGUGGCGGAGGCGGAGGUCAAUCUGCUCCUCCGCCGUCGGGGACGUUUUCCGGCGUCCCGUUCGAGGCGCAUCAGAAACCGGCGCCGGUUUUCGAGACGAGGAGAGAUUACGCUCAGGCAGGGCCGCCGGCGGCGGCGGCGGCGGUCAUGCGGAUGCAGGUUCCGAGCCAGAAUCCGGAGUUUGCGCUGGUGGAGACGCGGCCGCCGGUGGCGGCGCGGUUGCGGGACCGACGAGGGGGCAAGACAGGCGACAAGACGGCGAGCACGUACGACCUCGUGGAGCAGAUGCAUUACUUGUACGUGAGCGUGGUGAAGGCCAGAGACCUUCCGGUGAUGGACAUCUCGGGAAGUUUGGAUCCUUAUGUGGAAGUGAAGCUCGGGAACUACAAAGGAGUGACCAGGCACUGGGAGAAGAACCCGAACCCUGUUUGGAAGCAGAUUUUCGGCUUCUCGAAGGAGAGAUUGCAGUCGAAUUUGCUGGAAGUGACGGUGAAGGAUAAGGAUAUCGUGAAGGACGAUUUCGUCGGGAGAGUUAUUUUCGAUCUCUCGGAAGUUCCUCUGAGAGUUCCACCGGAUAGUCCUUUGGCUCCUCAAUGGUAUAAAUUGGAAGACAAGCACGGAAUCAAGACCACGGGCGAAAUCAUGCUCGCCGUUUGGAUGGGAACUCAGGCCGAUGAGUCCUUUCCGGAGGCUUGGCAUUCCGACGCCCAUAACAUCAGCCAUGUCAACCUUUCAAAUACGAGGUCUAAGGUUUACUUCUCUCCCAAACUCUAUUACCUUAGAGUUGCCGUCAUUGAAGCUCAGGACCUUAUUCCCUCCGAUAGAGGGCGCGCGCCUGAUGUGAUCGUGAAGGUUCUGCUCGGGAAUCAGCUCAGACAAACGAGGCCGUCGCAAAUGCGGAUGGUUAACCCGGUUUGGAAUGAAGAGCUCAUGUUUGUGGUGUCUGAGCCUUUCGAGGACUUCAUAAUUGUGAGCGUUGAGGAUAGAGUUGGACCCGGGAAGGAUGAGAUUCUAGGAAGGGUGAUACUCUCUGUUAAGGACGUUCCGCACAGGAUGGAGACUAGUAAACUCCCCGACCCGCGGUGGUUCAACCUCCAUAAGCCCUCGGACGCGGCCAAGGAGGAGACGGAGAAGAAGAAGGAGAAGUUCUCGAGCAAGAUUCACCUCCUGCUUUGCUUGGAGGCGGGAUAUCAUGUUCUCGACGAGGCUACGCAUUUCAGCAGCGAUCUUCAGCCGUCGUCGAAGCAUUUGAGGAAGCAGAGUAUUGGGAUUCUUGAGCUUGGGGUUUUGAGUGCUCGAAAUUUGCUUCCUAUGAAGGGCAAAGAAGGGAGGGUCACCGAUGCCUAUUGUGUGGCCAAGUAUGGCAACAAAUGGGUUCGGACCAGGACGCUUCUCGACACAUUGGCUCCUCGUUGGAACGAGCAGUACACUUGGGAAGUUUACGACCCUUGUACGGUGAUCACCAUUGGGGUGUUCGAUAAUUGCCACACAAACGGAAACAAAGAUGACGCAAGAGACCAGAGAAUUGGGAAAGUCAGAAUUCGUUUAUCGACUCUUGAAACCGAUCGAAUUUACACCCAUUAUUACCCGCUUCUUGUUCUCACACCAACCGGUUUGAAGAAGCACGGCGAACUCCAAUUGGCGCUAAGAUUCACUUGCAUAGCUUGGGUCAACAUGGUCGCACAAUACGGCAAGCCGUUACUGCCGAAAAUGCAUUACGUCCAACCGAUUCCGGUCAAGCACAUCGAUUUGCUGCGCCACCAGGCAAUGCAGAUUGUCGCGGCAAGGCUGGGGAGAGCAGAGCCACCACUUCGGCGAGAGAAUGUGGAGUAUAUGUUGGACGUGGACUACCACAUGUGGAGCCUAAGAAGAAGCAAAGCCAAUUUCCAACGCAUAAUGGCUGUUCUCUCUGGCCUCUCCAGCGUGUGUAGAUGGUUAGACGAAAUCUGCUAUUGGAAGAACCCCAUCACAACCAUUCUCGUCCACGUCCUGUUCUUGAUGCUGAUAUGCUACCCGGAACUGAUCCUGCCCACGAUUUUCCUUUACCUCUUCGUGAUUGGAAUGUGGAACUACCGGUUCAGGCCACGGCACCCGCCCCACAUGGACGCCCGCCUCUCGCAGGCGGAGUUUGCCCACCCCGAUGAGCUCGAGGAAGAGUUCGACACUUUCCCGACUACUCAGCGGCCGGACAUCGUGAGGAUAAGGUACGACAGGCUGCGGAGCGUGGCGGGGAGAGUGCAGAGCGUGGUGGGGGAUUUGGCUUCGCAAUUGGAAAGGGCACAAGCCUUGUUGAGCUGGAGGGAUCCAAGAGCCACGGCCAUAUUCAUCAUCUUCUCUUUGAUAUGGGCUGUGUUCAUCUACGUCACGCCCUUCCAGGUUGUGGCAUUGUUGGUUGGGCUGUACUGGUUGAGGCAUCCACGGUUCAGGAGCAGACUGCCUUCUGUUCCUGUCAACUUCUUCAAGAGAUUACCUUCCAAGUCCGAAAUGUUGCUGUGAAGAAGAAAGUGGGAAAGUUUAUUUAUUUUUACCUGUUUAGUACAAUUUUUACCGACGGAAGGGGAUUUUGUCACGCAUUUUUACACGCAGUUGCUAUGGAGAAAGAAGCAACAUGAUUGUUGGCUGAACGAAUAAUCGCACCGGCGUUGCUUUGUAGCAGUAGAAGACGACAAUAAUUUGCUCCUUUUUCAUGCUAGCCCCACUCAAUAAGAUUCUCACGUUUUAAAGAUGUGUAUAUCCCGACUUUAUUGAUGCUUAUCUAUAAUAGCAACUUUUUUUUUUUUUUUAA